UUGUUCAGGAUCUUUCACUUUCACUUCCCAUGAGAAGAAGUCACUUUGUGCCACAGAACCACCAGCCUUUCCACGGGACACUAUGGAUUAUAUGUGGCUGGGGCUCCUCCUGCUUCUGCCCCGAGGGUGUCUCAUGCUGAGGGUGUCGGUUUCUGGAUCUCCAAAAGCAACUUUGGGUUCUUCUGUGUCCCUCACUUGCACCUUCUGUGUGGAUAAAUUCCCUGUAAGUCUCUCCAUGGUAUCCAUCGUCUGGACAUUUGGAGAUAGAGACAUUCUGAGAUAUGACAACACUCUGACCAGCUCUAGACCAGGAGUGACUUUGGAUGUCCCAGCUAUAAAGGAAGGGGUUGCAUCUCUGUUAAUCCCUAAAGUAACGUUAUCAGAUGAGGGGCCCUACACGUGUCUGGUGAUGUAUAAUUCUGAGCAACAGAAAAGAGAGAUCAUGCUGCAGGUACAAGCUAUUCCUGUGGUUAAAAUAAGGAAAGAAGAGGAGACUCUGAGGUGCUUGGUGACUGGGUUCUACCCAGCAGAUAUCGUGGUAUCUUGGCUCAGAGAUGGAGAGCACAUUAUUGGUUCCUCAAACAUAGAGAAAUCUAUAAAUUCACAAAGAAAUGCAGAUGAGACUUACAGAGUAAAUAACUCAAUAACAAUCAUGUCUCAGGGCCAGGAUGAGAUGACUUAUUCCUGCAGAGUGGAACAUAAAUCUCUUGGGGAACCUUUCAAGAAGGAUCUUCACUUGGUGUAUAGAGAUGUGGAUGAAUCUAAGAUACCCAGCUUUGUCCGUGUUGCACGUGUUCCCAUCUGGAUAUCGGUUGGAAUGAUUGUGACUGGACUUGGACUCCUAAUCUGGAAGAAGCAACCUCCCCAUAGACUGAGUCCCAUUCACAAACUGAUGUCGGAUGAUGGUGAGAAAGUGACUCUGUACUGUGUGGCCUCCAACUGCCCAAAAGACCCCCAGGUGACAUGGACAGUGAUGGAGGGCAGUGAAACCAAGAGCAAAGAGAAGAGGAAGGUCAUCUGGAAAGAGACAGAGAAUUUGGAAGGAAAAGGUUCAGUACCAGAGAGCUCGACCACGUCUGGAGAAAGUGAUGCACUACUAACUGAGGAAUACUCCAUGAGAACAGACAGACUGGAAGCAGGAGGGCUACAUAAUGUCCUUGCCACUUUGAGCUUCAAACCCGAUGCCCAGAAACAUGAGAACAUUGAGGUUUCCUGCAGGUUUGUCUGCGGGGGGAAAAUCAAAGUGAGGAAACUGCAAUAUUCCUACAUUUUACGGCAGCCCCAGGUCUCUCAGCCCAUAAAACUGUCCAUCAAUGAGACUGGAGAUGUUCUCUGCUCCCUGGUCCUGCAGGAGUUUUAUCCCAAACAAAUCCGGAUCAGAUGGAGCUGUGGGGUUGCAUGUUACCAGGAUCUGGAGUCCAAUACAAAGAUAAUUCCAUGUUCUAUCAAAGCAUUCAAUGCUGAGAGUGAGUGUAAGAUCCCUGGCCAACUACUCAAGGAUCCUGGAUUCAGAGUACGAGUGACCUGGGAACAUGAAUCCAGGACUGGCCUGGAGCAGCAGGAACUGUCUGUACGAGAUAAAGAAUUCCCCUGGCGCCCACAGAUGGAAGAGAUAAUAAAUCCUGAUACCCUGAUACACAGCAAAGAGGGCAAAUUCCAGUGUAAGAUCUGGGGGUAUUUCCCUGAUGCUCUGGAGGUGAAAUGGUUGAGGAGAGAAGCAGGAGGGCAGGAAUUAGUCUCUGUGUGUCCCAGUGAGAAAUACAAGAUCCCAGAGAUGGAGCAGAAGAGAGAAGCUGAUGGGACCUUCUCCUGCACAGUCAGUCUCAUUGUCUCUGUGUCACCAACAACUGAUCAGGGGGCGGAGUUUAUCUGCCGGGUGGGACACCCCAGUCUGGGGGAACCCCUAGAGAGAAGCACUGGGACCCUCAGUGUGAGAGGGGCUCCAGUUAUAAGGAACAUCACAUAUGAAGGGACUAAAAUAAGAGCAGAAAUAGACGAGUUCUACCCACAGGACAUUGUUGUGACUUGGAGUUGGACUAAGUAUAUAAUGGAUGUUGCAUAUAGAGAGUAUGAAUCCUCUCGUAUCAGUAACGAGACCCACAGUAACAGUGACGGCACCUACAGGAUCAUCAGCUCAUGUGAAAGCAACAGAAACAACCAGAAUCAACCUUCAGAUAAGAAACAUAUUAAACUCCAUGUAACACAUGAGGCUUUGGGGAAUCCCAUUGAGAAGAUGCUCAUAUAUGAAAAAGGGAGGUAUUAUGAGCAGCAAGGUGACCAGAACAUUCUUCUGCAGAAACAUCCAAAGACAAAACAAUAAAGUGUGCUGAGGCCGUUAUGAUGGCAGUUUCCUUGGGAUAAAUUCAGCAAUUUCUGCAUUUGGGGAGGUGGAUGUGUUGAACACAUGGAAGAGGUUUCCUGCAGCGGAUAUUGGAACAAAGUCACUAAAGAAAUUCCAACACACGUGGGAGAGAUUGAAAGUAAUGUAAUGGCUUCAUCUGAAAUCCUGUCUGGUCUCCAAUAUGUUCCUCAGUAAAUUGUUCCUUACAAAUCUCAAUCCAGCAAUUGGGACCCUUUCAUUAAAUGAAGAAGAAUAUAUAUAUAAUGUAUCAAUAUAACGUCAGCUUUUGUAUAUAACAACAUUGCUUCUUCCAGGGCUCUGGUCUGAUUAUAUUAGAGGGACAAUGUACAACUCAACAUGACCAGGGCCAGUAGGGAAUCCAUAGUCAUGUGUCUUGGAUAUUCUUUCAUUUAAACAGUAAGAAUAACACCCACUGGAUCAUUGUUUAUCUUUUUUACCUUUGAUAAUGUGAAAACUGUUUUAGGCUUACAGAUAAGGGUGAGACCCUAACAGGGAAGGGGUAUUAUUCACCUCCCACAAUGGUUCAGUAGAAAUAAGUGAAAUCAAGUUAAAAUAAAAGUAUCUACUGUCCCUCUGUCCUGUAUUGUCUGGUGCUGUAAAUAACAUUAUACAAUAACAGGGGUAAUAUUUGCUCUGGAUCUAGUGACCUACAGUAUCCAAUCAGAGUGUGUUACUUGACAGCAGACCAGACAAUACUCCCUGCUGAUUGGUUGCUAUGGGUUAGUAGAUAUGGAGAAAAACAGUUACAUUGUCCCCACAGAGUUUCUUUAAUUAAACAGAUAUACAGAAAACAUUUCCAAUACAAAACCCAGUUUAUUAGAAGAUAUCCUCACUUUUUUCUGAACUCAACACACAGAAGUCUGUGGACCUGUUCACACACAGCUGCCUGUUCAGGGGUCUGUAAUAUUAUUGCUGUUAUGUUAUUACUGAACUGAUAUCACUUGUUUUUGUUUCAUUUGAUUGAAGAAAACUGCCUUUGUCUUUCAACUACUGCUAUUGGAAUAAAACUCUUUUUUUUUGCUGCCUGACACUUAUUCUGUGGGAACCCUCUUCUUUUUUAUUUUCUUGUUCUUAGGUAACGGCCAAUCAUCUCAUUUUACCUUCCUGUAACUGAGCCUUGUGAAUGCAAUAAAUUGUGACACUGUGAUAAGUGCAACAUACAAUAAAAUAUUAGUAUAAAAUGCAAUCAAAUCUUCUGCCCAUUUGAAGCUCAAU